AUGGCGACCUUUUUCCAGAGUGUUCGCCAAGGGUUUGGCAGAGGAGGUAACAACAAGAACAACAACAACAACAACAAUAAUAACGCUCCGAAGAUGAACAGCGGAAACUCUACUCAGUCUUCUGCCUCUCAGAACGCCCAGGUGGCUCAUUCACCCAGCUCUCCCUCGUUUCCUCCGAGCAUGGACAGCCCCGCACCUUACGACCCCGAUGCUCCCAAAUACUUCUUCCAGGAGAAAUAUGCCCCGCUGAAUGUGAAGGGAAACUUUUUGACACUGUGUGCUUGCCCGAAGAAUGUGGAACUUGGAGAAUGGUUGGCUCAUCAGAUUGUUGAGCAAUAUCGCCUACUUCACGGCAUGCUUCAGGUGAUCCAGGAGGUCAACAGCGUCAAUGGACUGCCUAUCUGCAACGAAAACACCUGUCCGACUAUGUCUGCUGGUCGUUUAACCUACACUUGGCUUGUAGACGGGCGUGCUGCCAAGAUUUCUGCACCGAAGUUUAUCAAUCGAGUCGAAAAGUGGAUAGUCAGCAAGAUUCAUGAUCCUGUCAUGUUUCCCACUGACAAGGUCACUGGCACCCCUGAUACCUUUGCCCUGCAUGAGGUUUCAAACGCCAACCCUUCCAGCCCCGAUGCGAACAUGGCUGGCGAAGAAUGGAUUGGAAAGUCUAGCGGCUUCCCCCAGACCUUCUACAAGGACUGCCAGGGCAUCAUGAAACAGAUGUUCCGUUGCUAUGCCCAUCUCUAUCACGCCCACUGGCUGAAUCCAUUCUGGCACAUCAACAAACAUGACAUCCUCAACAUGUGCUUCGUCCAUUUCGUCACCGUCGCCAAGUACUACAAGCUGGUUUCCGAUAAGGAGAUGGAGCCCAUGCAACCCCUGAUUGACUUGUUCAUCAAGCAACAGCGCAUCCCCCAGGAGGCGCUUGCAGGCGGCCACUGGGGCCAGGCGAGCUCUAGCUGA